ACUGUGACCAAACAUAACCUGAUUAACCCAGGCGAUGAAGAUUUGAAGCAAAGACCAAGAAUUCUAAAAGAAAAAAAAAAACCUCACAUCUUAGUCAUGGCAAACGUUACGCAUGUGGCAGUAGUGUUUGUGGACCCCCACAGCCAAGUCCCCACGAAUGAGCAUGAUCCUUACCAAGACUUUUAUGAUAUGGACUAUGGGAUCCCAGCUGAGGAAAUGCCGGACACCACUCAGGGCCUGGCCUAUUUUGUGGCCACCAUUGUUAUUGGAAUGGUUCUUGUCUGCAUCAUGCUGGUGUGCGGCAUCGGUAACUUCCUGUUUAUAGCCACCUUGGCCCGCUACAAGAAGCUGCGAAAUCUCACCAAUCUCCUGAUCGCAAACCUGGCCAUCUCUGAUUUUAUUGUGGCUGUAGUGUGCUGCCCUUUCUUGGUGGAUUACUAUGUGGUAAAACAGCUGUCCUGGGACCACGGGAAAGUGCUCUGUGCCUGCGUUAAUUACCUCCGAACUGUCUCUCUGUAUGUGUCCACCAACGCCUUAUUGGCCAUUGCUGUGGACAGGUACAUGGCAAUUAUCCACCCAUUAAGGCCCAGGAUGAAACAUCAUACUGCCUACUGUUUGAUAACAGGUGUGUGGAUUGUUCCAGUCAUCAUAUCGAUACCUUCUGCUUAUUUUACUUCUGCGACCAAGGUGCCUUAUGGUGCCAACCAAAGUAAAACCUUCUGUGCUCAGAUCUGGACAGUGGACCAGCAGCUUUACUACCGUUCCUACUACCUCUUCAUUUUCGCUGUGGAGUUCCUGUGCCCAGUCCUGAGCAUGGCCCUGUGCUACAUGCGCAUCUCCAGGGAGCUUUGGUUCAAAAGUGUCCCCGGUUUCCAGACGGAUCAGAUCCGGAAGCGCUUGCGUUGCCGGAGAAAGACAGUCAUGGUGCUCAUUGGGAUCCUCACGGCAUACAUUCUCUGCUGGGCUCCUUAUUACGGCUAUACCAUCCUACGGGACUUUUACCCGACACUCAUCUCCAGGGAGAAGAACUCACUGGUGGCAUUUUACAUUAUUGAGUGCAUUGCCAUGAGCAACAGCAUGAUCAACACCUUCUGCUUUGUCAGUGUGAAGAAUAACACAGCAGUGUACUUCAAGAGGAUUGUGCUGCUUCGCUGGAAGUCCACUUACACCUGUAGGAAGACAGAUGUGAGGACACUGUCAAUGCCUGUGACUGAGGAAAUUGAUUGUAUACAGCUGAGGUAAAAAAAAAAAAUUUGUAAAAAAAAUAUAUAAUAAUAAUUAAAAAGAAAAAACUUUAGAUUUGCAGCUGUCUUAGGCCACUUUGUUUGGAAAAGCCAUUGUAUGGUUUAGCCUUUUCUUCAGCAGUGUUGCCAACCUUUGGCAGUUCUACUGAAUGUAAAGCGGAAAAAAGAUUUCCAUUAGCCCGAUCAGUUUUAUGUACAACACAUUUGAUUAAAUUUAAAUCCAACCCAAUUCAUAUUUAAGUCAUAUGCAUUAUUUACCUACUAAUAAGUAUCUCUGUCUGUGCUGUGCAGUGAUUUUGGUGAUAAAAGUCAUUUUUCAGUGAAAAUGUGCAAUAUUCAUAUUUAAGGGUUUAUAAGUUAAACCCAAGCAAGUGAGUAUUUCUCAAAUGAUCUUUUGUGGGGGGGGGGUUUCUUUUUGUUUGUGGUAUUAUUUUGUGCCUCUAUGUAGAUUUACCUAGCAGUAUUAUAUAGUAAGGAUGUCAGUAGCUGAACUUGUUGUUAGAGAACGUGACCGACAGUUUAUUUCCAGUAGUUCACACAUCUUUUGCUAUUUUAUGGUGACUUUUUUACUGUCACUUUGUACUGUCUUUUGUGCAUGAAGUUAAGACAAAUAAAUUUAAA